AUGGACGUCAUUGCGGUGGACCUCGUUGCGGGCUCGCCUGCUCCCGUGGACCUCGUUGCGGGCUCGCCUGCUCCCGUGGACCUUGUUGCGGGCUUGCCUGCUCCCAUGGACGUUGUUGUGGGCUCGCCUGCCCCCGUGGACAUCAUUGUGGGCUCGCCUGCCCCCGUGGACGUCGUUGUGUGCUCGCCUGUCCCCGUGGACGUCAUUGCGGGCUCGCCUACCUGCGUGGACAUUGCAGUUCCUUUGUUCCCGCCCGUCCUGCCCUUUCCUGUGUCUGCUCCCCGUGGGCCUCCUGUACAAGAAGAGCUGCAGACACAGAGCAUCAGGCAGAGAAGUAGAAAGAGACACAGACCUCAGCAUCACUUCUUACAAAGAAAUUCAAACAUGGGGGGAUCAUCAUCAAGUUCUGCAUCAUGUUCAUCAUCUCCACCACGUCCAUCAACUCCACCACCAUCAAAACCUGAUAUUGUCUCUGUUUUUGCCGAUAAACAAGUGAAAGAAGGACAAGACGGCACUCUUUCCUGUGAGGCAAGCACAGGAGACGUAACAGUGAAGUGGGAGAAGAAUGGACGGAGCUUGGAAUGUGUGAUGGACAAGCACAUAAAAAGACAAAUUGGUAAAACGUUUAGCUUGACAAUCAAGGACACCACAAAGGAAGAUGAAGGGAACUACACAAUAAACCUGAGCAAUAGGUCUGGUAGUGCCUCAUGCUCUGCCAUGGUCAUUGUGGAACUCAAUGAAUGGAGGACUGUCCAAUGGAAACCAGAUCCAAUGUUAGAAACCCUAAAGACCUUCAAAGUCAGUAAUAGCGAAGUCAAAGAGCUUCGCUUCCUUCUGAAUGGACCAGUUGGAGCAGGAAAAUCCAGCAUCAUCAACACCAUCAAAACCAUUUUUCAAGGAUAUCAGUCCAUCAACUGUCUGGUUGCUUCAGAAUUAGGGAGCACGAGUUUUACAACUAAGUACCAGAAGUUCCCUGUGGAAUCAAGACCAUUCGCCUUAUAUGAUGUGAUGGGUCUGGAAAAUGACCAGGUAAAAAACGCAGGACAGGGAACAGAAGAAUUCAAACUACUAAAAGGAGUGCACUCUGAUGACAUCAUCAAUGCUUUAAAGGGCCACAUACCAAAUGACUAUGAAUUCAAACCUGAACAACCGAUGUCUGAAGACAAUAGAUAUUACAUCAGUGAUCCCACUCUGAAUGAUAAGAUUCACUGCCUAGUGAGUGUUAUCGCUGCAGACAAAAUUACCUUUAUGGAUAAUGAUGUCAUCCAAAAAAUUAAGACCAUCAGAGCAGAAGCCAGUAAAUUAGGAAUCCCUCAGCUGGUUUUCCUGACAAGAGUGGACCAGGUGUGCAAGAUGACACAGACUGAUUUGACCAAAAUCUACAAAAGCAAGAAGAUCAAGGAGAAAAUGCAAGAGUGCAGUGUAAGACUGGGAGUCCCUAUGAACUGCAUCUUCCCUCUGAAGAACUAUCAUGAGGAGACAGAGAAGAACGAGAAGCUGAACUGCCUGAUGCUGGAGGCCUUCAGACAGGCUGUGUACUCAGCUAAUGACUACGUGAAAAAUCUUUCAGACAAAAAGAAACAUGUGGAAUGAUUCUUCCUCAGAAAAGCUUGUCUAACUGUACACAGGCAAGGUGGAGCUAAAAGGGAGGUGUUUCGGAUAAAGUGGCCAGCUUGUGUAUAGGAAGUCUUUAAAAAGGUUUACUUCUAUUCUUACUGUCCAUUGUUAAUAGCCUUGAUCAAAAGCAUGCAUUAUUUUAACUAAGGCAUGCAAUUUUAGACAACCGCCAUAUUUUUGUUUAUAAGUGAGUCAGUUACAAAUGAAAAAGUCAGAUUUAAAAGGAUAUGAUGUGUUUUUCUUUUUUCUGCAAAAAUCUAUUAAGUGAAUGAAUAUGUUUAAUUGCUGUUUUCAUGAACUGGAAACAUAUGAACUAGUUUCUUCUAAAUCUUUGUGCCUGAUUUUUAAAAAUAAA